AAAACAAAACACCCUACCAAAACGGAAAAUAUGAAGACAGAAUCAUUUUACACUUACACAAUCAUGCGCAUGGUGUCGCUCUUCACUGAGAACUUUUCCUCUAAGAACGCGCCUCCGCUUCCUCCUGCAGAAAAUUUGGCAUAUAGUGGAAAACCUCCAGCGAAUUCUCCCACGAUAGAAGGCCGUAAAAUUGGACCUUGAGAGUCAGUUUGAGGUAAGGUAUUCUAUAUACUUCAGAUAUUUCUGAAGCCUUUUGAGUGUACCAUGCUGUUUUCCCGGCGAGGAGGCCCAGGAACCCGACGUUUGCUGUUCUCGCUUUUGCUCCUCGCAGCCUGGAAGACAGGGAGCGGCCAGGUUCACUACUCGGUCCCCGAGGAGGCCAAGCACGGCACCUUCGUGGGCCGCAUCGCGCAGGACCUGGGGCUGGAGCUGGCGGAGCUGAUGCCCCGCCUGUUCCGGGUGGCGUCCAAAGGCCGCGGGGACCUUCUGGAGGUAAAUCUGCAGAAUGGCAUUUUGUUUGUGAAUUCUCGGAUCGACCGCGAGGAGCUGUGCGGGCGGAGGGCUGAGUGCAGCAUCCACCUGGAAGUGGUGGUGGAGAGGCCGCUGCAGGUUUUCCAUGUGGAGGUGGAGGUGAAGGACAUUAACGACAAUCCCCCCGUGUUUCCUGAAAAUAAGAAAAGAAUAAUCAUUGCAGAAUCGAGACCUCCGGAAAGUCGGUUUCCACUAGAUGGCGCUUCUGAUGCAGAUGUUGUAGUAAACUCCGCUUUGACCUACCGAAUGGAUCCCAGCGAUUAUUUCGCUUUGGACACACAACAUAACCGGCAACAAACGUCUUCGUUAUCACUUGUGUUGAGGAAAUCAUUGGACAGAGAGGAAAUUCAGGAACAUAGGUUAUUGUUGACAGCCACUGAUGGAGGUAAACCCGAGCUGACCGGCACAGUUCAGCUGCUGAUCACAGUUCUGGAUGUGAAUGACAACGCCCCAGAAUUUGACAAAUUCAUUUACAAGGUGAACGUUUUAGAGAACGCAUUUAAUGGAACAUUAGUGUUCAAGCUAAAUGCCACAGAUCCUGAUGAUGGGAUAAAUGGAGAUAUAAUCUACUCAUUUAGAAGGCCUGUGUCGCCUUCAGUAUUGAAUGCAUUUAUCAUAAAUCCCAACAGUGGAGAAAUUAGGACCAAAGGUAAACUGGAUUUUGAAGAAGAGAAAUUUUAUGAAAUAUCCGUUGAGGCAGUUGAUCAGGGGAAUAUUCCCAUGGCGGGUCAUUGUACCAUUUUGGUGGAAAUACUAGACAUAAAUGAUAAUGCUCCAGAAGUUGCUAUCACUUCUCUGUCACUCCCGGUGCCAGAGGAUGCUCAGGUGGGCACUGUCAUUGCCUUGGUCAGCGUGUCCGACCGUGACUCUGGCACUAACGGACAGGUGACCUGCUUAUUAACACCGCAUGUCCCCUUUAAGCUGGUGUCCACAUUCAAGAAUUACUAUUCGCUGGUGCUGGACAGCGCCCUGGACCGGGAGAGUGUGGAGAACUACGCUGUAGUAGUCACCGCGCGGGAUGGGGGCUCACCUUCGCUGUCGGCCACCGCCAGCCUGUCCGUGGAGGUGGCCGACGUGAACGACAACGCGCCGCUGUUCGCGCAGCCCGAGUACACGGUGUUCGUGAAGGAGAACAACCCGCCCGGCUGCCACAUCUUCACGGUGUCGGCGCGGGACUUGGACGCGCAGGAGAACGCGCUGGUGUCCUACUCGCUGGUGGAGCGGCGGGUGGGCGAGCGCGCGCUGUCGAGCUACGUGUCGGUGCACGCGGAGAGCGGCCAGGUGUACGCGCUGCAGCCUCUGGACCACGAGGAGCUGGAGCUGCUGCAGUUCCAGGUGAGCGCGCGCGACGCGGGCGUGCCUCCUCUGGGCAGCAACGUGACGCUGCAGGUGUUCGUGCUGGACGAGAACGACAAUGCGCCUGCGCUGCUGCCUCUCACGACGCGCGCCCUGGACGAGGCGGACUCGCCGCGCCAUCGUCUGCUGGUGCUGGUGAAGGACCAUGGCGAGCCGGCGCUUAUGGCCACCGCCACUGUGCUGCUGUCGCUGGUGGACAGCGGCCAGGCGCCUAAAGCCUCGUCGGGAAUGUUGGCGGGGGUCACGGGCCCAGAGGUGGCGCUGUUGGACGUGAAUGUGUACCUGAUCAUCGCCAUCUGCGCGGUGUCCAGCCUGCUGGUGCUCACGCUGAUUCUGUACACGGCUCUGCGGUGCUCGACGUCUCCCACCGAGGGCGGGUGCGGGCCGGGGAAGCCGGUGCUGGUGUGCUCCAGCGCGGUGGGCAGCUGGUCUUACUCACAGCAGAGGCGGCAGAGGGUGUGCUCUGGGGAGGGGCCGCCCAAGACGGACCUCAUGGCCUUCAGCCCCAGCCUACCUCCUUGUCUGAUUUCUUCAGAGGGAACAGGUGAAAACGAAGCAGAUUUAGAACAUUUGAAAGAGGAUGUGGAUGUUUUUAUGCUUGACAAUAUCCCAGAGGUCCCUUAA